AUGGUGUCCUUGAAAUGUCGGUGCAUGCACACCGAAGAUACAGCUCUACAUAUUCUUGGACUUUGGCUCGGGCCUCAGCAGUGGCAUCGUGUCUGCGUGCCAUGUUGGACACGUUGGAAUGGUUUGGGUUUGAUGACCAGUGCAGGGUUCUUGUACCUCGGUCAUACCCAUAUCUACCGGUCACUGUCUUGGGACGCAACCUUGACGUCCAUUACUCGGUUUGUUUAUUCGAGACCUGAUCGCCGUCCGAGUUUUGGUGGAAAUGGGCUCGAGGUGUAA